AUGGCUGCAAUUUCACAAAUUUCGGCGCGAGUAACAUCGCAGUCGCCACAAAUAUCAGAGGACGUCGAUGUAGACGAAUAUGUGUUCCAGCUAAAAGCUGAGGAAUCAUCAGAGACGACAGAUAAUCCAGGACGAUUUUCACAAGUGUCGGCGAGAAUAGGAUCGCAGUCGUCACAAAUAUCAUCGGUAGUCAUUCCAGUCGGCAAAAAUAUUAUCGUAGAUCUCACAAAUGUUAGCAGAGUUGUCGCUAAGAAUAAAUGCGCCGCUGGGAAAACAGGAUACACGUAUGUAUAUCCAAACAACGAUGGUAAGCAACAGAAGCGACGGGUUCUACCUAAGAAAAAAGCGAUAACAACCAGUUUCUUUGAUAUCAGUAAAAAGGAGGACCAGAGCGGUGGCAAUGGCAUAUUUGGUAACUCCUUGGAAUGUUGUUUAAUCAAUGACAAGAAGCGCAAUUUAAAGGAAUGGUCUGAACGCGGUUCACGCAAUUCAAUUGCAUCACUUUUUCGUAGCGGUAGCGGAAGUGAAUCGUCAAGCAAGCUGCAUGAAAAUGUACGAUCAUAUGAAAGUCUACCCUUGAGCACAUUUUCUCUUGCAUCACCGCAUGGUGGUGAUAACAGUAUUGAUAGUGGACGUGCUUCUGGUUCGAAAUCGGGUUGCGGCUACUUUGGUAGUAUUUCAAAGUUUACAUCGAUGCAGAUGCAAAUUUCACGAAGCCAAUCUGAUAUAAGACGACGAAGUCAAGAUUUUGACUUGCAACGCUUCAAGCUGCAAGAUUGCACCGAUUUUAAGGAGCCCCAUGAAAUGUCUGAGAAUUUAUUACAAGUGCCUAAAUUCAUAUCGUCGUGCAUAAAAUAUCUCGAAGAGUAUGGCCUGCAUAUGGUUGGACUAUUUCGCGUGAGCACUUCCAAGAAGCGUGUAAAACAGAUGCGGGAGGACUUCGAUAAAAAUUCCAUGACAGCUAUUAAGGCCGAAACAUGUCCACAUGAUGUUGCAACGUUACUUAAAGAAUUCCUACGAGAUUUACCCGAUCCCCUGCUCUGUUCUGGACUUUACAAAGCAUUUCUAGAAACUCAAAAAAUACGCAACCGCCGACUACAGUUGGAGGCGAUAUCGCACUUAGUAAAACUGCUUCCAGUGGCUCAUCGUGAUACUCUCUACGUCUUAUUAAAGUUCUUAGCAAAGGUCGCAUCCUGUUCAGACGAUGUGUCUGGUCACGGUGGUAAUACUCAAGUUAGUGGAAAUAAAAUGGACAGUAAUAAUUUGGCAACCGUGUUUGCACCAAAUAUCCUACGUACAUCGCUGAAAAGUCUCUCAAACACCGCUACAGCAGAUAUAGCCGCUUGUGGCAAUAGCAACGAACAGGAAUCCAUGAGUGAUGCCAUAAAUGUGAUUAGAAUUAUGAUAGAUCAUUACGAGGAAAUUUUCAAAGUGCCAGCGGCUCUAAUUGACAUUGUAUAUGCCCACAUGCUGGACGAGUCUCCGGAAGAUCUUUAUUGCCUAUGCGAACAACGCUGUCAGAGUCUAAGGUAAGCUAUAACAAUAUAUUCCAAAAAUUAUAUAUUUUAUCGAUAUUUUCCGAAGCGUACAUUUUUCACUCUUAAAAGCUUAAAUAACUUUUAUACCGAAGGUGCUAAUACACAAAACGGUUUCUGUACUUCUAAUAGUCUAUCGGAAUUUAGUAUCUUUUUAAACAGUUGGUUUAAACAGCUGACGCACGUUUCGUGUUUUGCUUCACUAUCAAACAUCUUCAGUUUGGUCUAUAAUUAAACCAUGAAUCGUUUUACAAACGAACAACGCUUGCAAAUCAUUGAAUUUUAUUAUAAAAAUGCGUGUUCUGUUAAGAAAGUUUAUCGCGAGCUUCUUCCAUUUCAUGGUCAGUUUAAUCGACCCACUGAAGCGGCUAUUCGAGCCAUUGUGACUAAAUUUAGAACCAAAUGUACAUUAUUGGACAUCAAACCACCAACACGCUUACGUAGAGUGCGAACUGAAGAAAAUAUCGCAGCUAUAUCGGCCAGAGUUAAUGAGGACCAUCAAUUAUCGAUUCGUCGCCGUUCGCAGCAAUUGGGCCUCUGUUACUCAACAAAGUAGAACAUUUUGCGAAAGGAUUUUGGUGUGAAGCCUUUCAAAAAACAGCUGGUGCAAGAAUUGAAGCCGAACGACCUACCGCAACGCAGAAUAUUUGGUGAAUGGGCUCUUGCAAAGUUGGCCGAAGAUCCCAUUUUUUAUCGAAAAAUUGUGUUCAGCGACGAAGCUCAUUUUUGGAUCAAUGGGUACGUAAAUAAGCAGAAUUGUCGAUUUUGAAGUGAAGAUCAGCCAGAAGAAUUGCAAGAGCUACCAAAGUGUCCAGAAAAGGUCACAGCUAGGUGCGGGUUAUGGGCUGGAGGUAUUAUUGGACCGUACUUCUUCGAAGAUGCUGCGAACCGUAACGUAAUUGUGAAUGGUAAGCGCUACCGUGAAAUGAUAUCCAAACUUUUUUUGCCCAAAAUGCAAGAACUUGACUUGCAUGACAUGUGGUUUUAGCAAGACGGUGCCACAUGCUGCGAAACGUAACGUAACUGUGAAUGGUGAGAGCUACCGUGAAAUGAUAUCCAACUUUUUUUUGCCCAAAAUGCAAGAGCUUGACUUCCAUGACAUGUGGUUUCAGCAAGACGGUGCCACAUGCCACACAGCACGCGUAACAAUGGACUUAUUGAGAGGAGAGUUCGGUGAACAUUUUAUUUCACCUUCGGGCCCUGUCAAUUGGCCACGCAGAUCAUGCGAUAUAACGCCUUUAGAUUAUUUUUUGUGGGGCUAUGUUAAAGCUCAUGUCUAUUCAGACAAGCCUGCUUCAAUUAACGCAUUGGAUGACAACAUUAGAGCAUUUAUAUGGGAGAUACCGGCCAAAACAUUGGAAAGAGUAUGCCAAAAUUGGGGUAAGCGGAUGGACCAUUUGAAGCGCAGUCGCGGUCAACAUUUGCAUGAAAUAAUCUUCACACAUUAAAUUAUAUGGACUGAUUAUCGAUUUAAAUAAAAAUUCCAUGCAUUUUAAGUGUGCUUUUUUGACAAACUUUCCUAUAGCUCUUAAAAAAUCACCCUUUAGUAUACUAAUGUUGACAGACAUGUCUAUACCAAAGUAAUAAGGAUGACGAAGGGAAAAAAGUGAGAAAUUUCAACAAAACUGGGUACAUAUUUUGCUUUGGUUCAAGAUAUAUAUGUACGUUGGUGCUGAUAAAACUAAAAUAUUAUAUAUAUCUAUUUAUACGGUAUUAUGAAUUACGAAUCGAAUGAAUCUUCAUCCGAAUUUGUCUGUUUUGAAUUAUGGGUAGUGAAGCGAUAGGGUUAAUUGCACUAAAAAUAUGCACUUAUUUAUGAAUUUUUUUUGGAAAGAUGAUUCAUGUAAAUUUAUUUAUCCAAUUAGUAUACUAUAAACUCAUAUUUCAAAAAUAUUUUCAAAAAUUUGCACAAGAAAAUAUACAAAAUUGAGCCGUUGACAGCAGAUCUACGCAGACGUCUCGAAAAAAAGCAAUUUGCCGUGGACAGUUUUUCUCAGCAUUGGAUCAUCUGAAAUCAAAAAUUGCACUAAAAAUAUGCACUUAUUUAUGAAUUUUUUUUGGAAAGAUGAUUCAUGUAAAUUUAUUUAUCCAAUUAGUAUACUGUAAACUCAUAUUUCAAAAAUAUUUUCAAAAAUUUGCACAAGAAAAUAUACAAAAUUGAGCCGUUGACAGCAGAUCUACGCAGACGUGUCGAAAAAAAAGCAAUUUGCCGUGGACAGUUUUUCUCAGCAUUGGAUCAUCUGAAAUCAAAAAAUCAAAGAGUUUUCAGUAGGUAAUCAAUUGUCCGAGGUAACCCUGUCGAGUUUUUAUUAAAAAAAAUUUUUUUUUCAAUUUUUUUUUAACAUUUGAAGUAGAAGUGCGAUUUUUAGACGAUAAAUCGCACAAUAUUGUUUAUUGUAAAAUAAUUAAAAAUUGAAAAAAACCUCCCAGGGUUACCUCGGUAAUUAUGUAGAGAAAGUGUGUACAAAAUUUCAGGAAGAUCGGUCGAGUAGAUUCAGAGAAAAAGUGUCCACCGACUUGAAAAACGUCGUUUUCCAGAAAAUCGAUUUAAAGUUCGACCAUAGCAGGUAGCCGAGUCGGAGCGGCCAACGGUUAUAAUGCUCUAUCUUUGUGAGUUUUGCUCCGAUUGACUUAAAAUUUGGACACAACAUUCUUGAGAUUAUGUACAUUCAUUUUCUCAAAUAAACCAAAAUCGAUUUUUUUUACCCUAAAAACCCUACCCCCCCCCCCCCCUUAAGAUAUUCAAUAAAUAUAGGCGGGAACCGACGUGGAACUGCAGCAGGAAGUGAUUACUUCCAUCGCAGUGUAACGCCAUUAGAGCAGACAGUAGACGAAGUACUUAAUCUUCAGCGGGCAGCCAACCCCGCAGCACUUUGGGUAAUGCCGCAAAAUUUUCAAGCAGAAGGUUCAACAAACAAUAAUGACGAUACUCGUUCACCAGUAAAUGACGCACCGGACAGACAGAGGGUUUAAAAUGUGAACAACAUGGCUUCAAUAAAAAUUAUGAACGAAAUGCCAAAAAAGUCCGGCCAAAGCAAUCGAGAAGAACGUCAAAAUAUUCCCAUAAACGCAUUGCACAAGCAAAAAGAAAUGCAGAAAGCUUUUCAGAAACCAUAACAGGUAUGGAUAAAAAACAAACGAUAUUACUAUAUAUGUAAGAAAAAUAUAAUAAUAUAUGUACAUAUAUAAAUUAAAAAGCAAAAGAUAAAACUAUUAUUAAAAAUAAUAUCAGAAAAAAAAAAAAAUGGAAAUCGCGAACUCAAAAACUUAAAUAUACUAAAUCAGUCAAAGUAAAACGAUAUACCUUCUUAUUGUAAUAUUUUUAUCUCAAAUCAAUGUGUUCGGCCACCAAGCUUUUUCGGUAGCUAUUAGUUUUAAAAUUAAUUUGAAACGCUUUUAUUUAUUUCACAUUUAGAAUUUAUAUGUUCGCUUGAUUGUUAAUUUACCACUUAUCAAGUUCACCGGUCCCUGCUGAUGUCGCAAUGCGACAUUAUUAUUAUUAUUACCAGAGAACGUUAAUGUAUAGAGAAGUCUCACGGGCUACGAAUUUUGCGAAUUGUCAAAAAUGAAGUGAAACCGCGAAGACUUGUUCAUAUAUAAAAAACUAGCAAACCCGGCCCCCUUCGCUGGGCACACUAAAAUAGAAUAGAUAUGGUUUAGAACAGAAAAUAUAUGGUUUUCAUAUUAUUUAUUUCUUUAUUCUUUAUUCAAGCGCUUUGGCAUAAACAAUAUUUUUUGUUUUUCUAUGAUCAUCCAUGAAUUUUUCGUUUCAAUUUCUAUGUUUUAUUAAGCA